GUAUCGAAUUCUUUAAUUAUAAGUCAUCAAUUGCCAAGUGGUAAGAAAAGAUGCACAAAGGAAACUGACGUUGGAUAUGAAUAGAAUUGGAGGGAGAUAUAAGAUAAGACGUGGAGUGAUGGUAGCGCUUUAGGCAGUUUCCAAGCUCUUCCAGAGGCUUCUUCCACUCUCCCACUUUGCCUUUGAAACAAAGCUUCCUCCCCUUAAAACUCACCGAAAAUUUCUUCAUUCUUCACAUAUACAAGAAGGAAGAGAAAAUUGGAGUAACUGGGGUUUCUAGAUGUCCUACCUUCUACCUCAUUUGCAUUCUGGAUGGGCUGUGGAUCAAGCCAUUCUAGCUGAAGAAGAACGUGUCGUCAUCAUCCGUUUCGGCCAUGAUUGGGACGACACUUGUAUGCAGGAAUGAAACAGACUGAAGAAACCCUGGAGCCCAUUUUCCGUCCUUCAACCAACCUCCUAUGAUUUGGGCCGAAGAGUUGUUUGUAUGGAUGAAGUGUUGGCCUCAGUUGCAGAGACAAUUAAGAACUUUGCAGUAAUUUACCUUGUGGAUAUCACAGAAGUUCCUGAUUUCAACACAAUGUAUGAAUUGUAUGACCCUUCCACCGUCAUGUUCUUCUUUAGGAACAAGCACAUAAUGAUUGAUCUUGGUACUGGAAACAACAAUAAAAUAAAUUGGGCACUCAAGGAUAAACAAGAGUUCAUUGAUAUUAUUGAAACAGUUUAUCGUGGAGCAAGGAAAGGACGUGGUUUAGUCAUUGCACCUAAGGAUUAUUCAACCAAAUAUCGCUACUAAGACAUUUUGCUACUUGUGCAAGCCCUUAUUGAUUUUAGAUUUAAGAAAUUGCAUCUAAAAAAUCUCUCUAUAUGGCAUCUGCUUUGUUUGGAUGGCAUAUAACGCUUUAUGACAUAUGUUAUCCUAUUCACGGAUUAUGUAGUGGAUUAUAAUAGUUGGUCGAAAUGACCGGUGAACUACCUGUCAUGUAAACAAAAGGGUAUAAUGUAAAGUUUGUCACCUUGCCUCAUACACACUUGGCUUCUUAA